CUCAGAUGCUAUCUGCGGCUGCCGUUCGGUGGGGAAAGAGCAAGGCUGUUCCUGCAUAGCACGGUGGGAGCUGAUGGCUCCGAGUUUGGGGCGAGGUAGAAGCUCUCCAGUGCCACUUCCGACUCGCAGCCUUCCUGCGGCGGUCUGCCGGGGCGCUUUUCUUCGCGGGGAAAGCGUUUGCGCUCAGUCUCUAGGCAGCCGGCGCCAGCAGCAGCGCCCAGGAGCCUUCCCCGCGAGCCCGGCUCGCUCUGCACAGGCGCUCCGCUCCCCGCAGCGCCGCGGCUCCGCCGAGAGCGCCUAAGAACCCGCCCGCGCGUCCCUGUCCAGGAGCAAACUAUGUCAGGAAUGGAGCUUUGCUAAACCAGCACAUUCGGAGGAGCACAUGAAACUGGUGGAUGCAGCAGAUGUAAGCGCUGUGCAAACAUCUCAAACCAGUUCAGAUGUUGCUGUUUCCUCAAGUUGCAGGUCUAUGGAAAUGCAGGAUCUAACCAGCCCGCAUAGCCGUCUGAGUGGUAGUAGUGAAUCCCCAAGUGGUCCCAAACUCGAUAACUCUCAUAUAAAUAAUAAUUCCAUGACUCCCAAUGGCACCGAAGUUAAAACAGAGCCCAUGAGCAGCAGUGAACUAGCUUCCACCGCAGCAGACGGGUCUGUAGACAGUUUCUCAGGGUCAGCAAUUGGGAGCAGCAGCUUCAGCCCAAGACCAGCUCCUCAGUUCUCUCCACCACAGCUCUAUCCAUCCAAGCCAUACCCACAUAUUCUCCCUACCCCUUCCUCACAAACUAUGGCUGCAUAUGGGCAAACACAGUUUACCACAGGAAUGCAACAAGCUACAGCCUACGCCACAUACCCACAACCAGGACAGCCGUACGGAAUUUCCUCCUAUGGCAUCAAGACCGAAGGUGGACUGUCCCAGUCACAGUCACCUGGACAGACUGGAUUUCUCAGCUAUGGCACAAGCUUCGGGACCCCUCAACCUGGACAGGCACCGUACAGCUACCAGAUGCAAGGUAGCAGUUUUACAACAUCAUCAGGAUUAUAUACAGGAAAUAAUUCACUCACAAAUUCCUCUGGAUUUAACAGUUCACAGCAGGAUUAUCCAUCUUACCCCAGCUUUGGCCAGGGGCAGUAUGCACAGUAUUACAACAGCUCACCAUACCCAGCACAUUAUAUGACAAGCAGCAACAGCAGUCCAACGACGCCGUCCACCAAUGCCACCUACCAGCUCCAGGAACCACCAUCUGGCAUCACCAGCCAAGCAGUGACAGAUCCUACCGCAGAGUACAGUGCAAUCCAUAGCCCAUCAACACCCAUUAAAGAUUCAGAUUCUGAACGAUUGCGUCGAGGUUCCGAUGGAAAAUCACGUGGACGAGGCCGAAGAAACAAUAACCCUUCACCUCCCCCGGAUUCUGAUCUAGAGAGAGUGUUCAUCUGGGACUUGGACGAGACGAUCAUUGUUUUUCAUUCCUUGCUCACUGGGUCCUACGCCAACAGAUACGGGAGGGAUCCACCCACUUCAGUUUCCCUUGGAUUGCGGAUGGAAGAAAUGAUUUUCAACUUGGCUGAUACACAUCUAUUUUUCAACGACUUAGAAGAAUGUGACCAAGUUCAUAUAGACGAUGUUUCCUCAGAUGACAAUGGACAAGACCUAAGCACAUAUAACUUUGGAACAGAUGGUUUUCCUGCUGCAGCCACCAGUGCUAAUUUAUGCUUGGCAACUGGUGUCCGGGGUGGUGUGGACUGGAUGAGAAAGCUGGCCUUCCGCUACAGACGAGUGAAAGAGAUCUACAACACCUACAAAAACAAUGUGGGAGGUCUACUUGGUCCAGCUAAGAGGGAAGCUUGGUUGCAGCUGAGGGCUGAGAUUGAAGCCCUGACGGACUCCUGGUUGACACUAGCCCUUAAAGCCCUGUCGCUCAUUCACUCCCGGACGAACUGUGUGAAUAUUUUAGUUACAACUACUCAGCUCAUCCCGGCAUUGGCCAAAGUCCUAUUGUAUGGAUUAGGAAUUGUAUUUCCAAUAGAAAAUAUUUAUAGUGCAACUAAAAUAGGAAAGGAAAGCUGUUUUGAAAGGAUAAUUCAAAGGUUUGGAAGAAAAGUGGUGUAUGUUGUCAUAGGAGAUGGCGUGGAAGAGGAACAAGGAGCGAAAAAGCAUGCCAUGCCUUUCUGGAGAAUCUCUAGUCACUCAGACCUCAUGGCCCUACAUCAUGCCUUGGAACUGGAGUACCUGUAACAGCUGCCUGCCACUUGGAAACUGCACAACAGCCCUGUGAUGAAUCCAACCGGUGUGUCUCGUGUCAACGCUGAGACUGCUGAACUUAGCAAAGUCGACAUAGUGAUGCGCAGCUGCUGUUGCUCUCAACCUCCUGUCCUUGUGGUCCAGGGAAAGCCAUGCUUGUUUCAUCAGAACAGCUGUUUUCUCUAGAACUGUGAAUCCAAUGAAAAGAAGCCAUGAGAAUGUUCUAGCACAGUGUGAUGUGUCUUUGCCACAUUAACUACAUGGUUCAAACCUGUGAACAAAGGACCUGCAGACAUUUCAAAUUUUUUUUUUAGCAUUUUCAAUGUGAUAUAAACACCUUCUCUGAUACAGCAAACUU